AUGGUUUGGAGGAUUGAAUCUAACUUCCGCAGAAACGAGGACGAGGGUCCCCGGGCCUAUAUCCAGACGUACCCCAAGACCUCCGUGUCCGCCGAGGAGAUCCAUGAGCUCAUCUCGGAGAAGCUACCUCCAUACAAACGUCUGUCAGGCGGUCUCUCGUUCAUUGAAAAGAUUCCUCGGAACGCGGUAUGCACUAUUCCUUGCCAUUGUAUUGUUCUCCAUGAUCUGCAAAUUCUGACCAUACUGUUCGUGAUAGUCCGGCAAGGUGUUGCGCAGUGA